GUUUGCGGGACGCACAGGAUGUGUCAGUGCAGAGGAGGAAGUGCACGCCAUUGUAAAGGAACUCAUGAGUUUUAAGGGGUUGUGUUCAAGCGAAUGCGACUGAGAAAUCCUCUCCAACAUGUGGCUCACGCGGCUAACCUCGCAAUUUACUAAAGCCACGCGGCUUACCGGAUGCCUUUUGCCACGAUGUGCAAGUACAAACUACAAACCCCUGUCAGUAUUCUACAGCACUCGCCAGCAACAGAGACAACACGUCCCUUCCACAACCUGGUAUAGCUUGGAGCGAGAACUGGACGACAUUCUGGUGCCCCGGAUGAUGUCCAUCUCUCCAAUGGAAAGCGUACUUGCCUCCCGCUAUUCUCUGCCAAAGUUAGAAGGCAUUAAGUCACACGAAGAACCUCAAGAGAAUGUAGAACCUUAUGAAUGCCCUUCUCACCAAGACACGGAGGAAGUGGGUGACGGGAGGGAAGAUAGGACUGCGGUGCAAUGCAAAAACGUCCUAAAGAUCCGAAGGAGGAAAAUGAACAAACACAAGUACAAGAAACUAAUGAAGCGAACAAAAUUCCUCCGGCGUAAAGUAAACGAUGGACGUAAGCGUCGGAAACAGGCACGUUUUGAAAAAGAUUUAAAAAGAAUAUGGAUGAAGGCAGGGCUGAAAAAAGCCCCGGAAGGUUGGCAGACACCAAAGAUUUAUGUGAAGCAUUGAAGUCCAUUAAAUAAGAAUGACCCUUUUUUCCAUUAUA